CAAGAAAACAACGAAACCAACCCCGACAACCUGGACACAAACAUUCCCACCGAAAAAUUUUUUCACACUCCCUGCUUCAAUAUUCAUCGUUCUUCUCACCUCUCGCGUGUUAUCCCCUACUGUUAUCAUCAGAAGUCAAUUCACGUAUUUAUCUCUUGUACUAUAAUCAAGUGUCAUAUUUGGUCAUUAAGCUUCUUGUAUUUCUAGAGCAUGGAUUGGACGUGGCAUCGCGGCCGAUCUAUACGAGCUUUGACUAGUAGUUAUUCUCAUUUUGGCGAAGUCGUUGAAGAUUAUUAUCAUCUCGACCCCAUCAUUAAGAGGGCUGUGAUGAGAGCUUCUUCAAGCGUUGUCUCCAUUAUAACCCAAGCUGGAAAAAAAUUGCUGCAUAUUGGAUCUGGGACUAUAAUUGAAUAUGAUGAACAUUAUGGAUGUGCUACUGUCCUCACUUCUGCGUCUCUACUCCAAGCCCCUGGAGUUGCUGGGUUUCUACCUUCUGAUCUUAAGGUUGAUAUAUAUUUAUUUAAUGGUGAAUUAUAUGAAGGUCAAGUCUUGUUCUAUGACUUUUGUUAUAAUGUAGCAACUAUCAAGAUCAUGUCUAGCAAAUUUUUGUCAACUGCAAGUAUUCGUGAUGUUACUGAUUCUUUAGAAUUAGUUUCGAAGAAGCCUGUACUAAGCCGAUGUCAGCAUUUACCAAAUACUUCUACGCCCUUCAAUCUCAGUCCCGGGAAGCUUGUAAUAGCUUUAGGCCGUGCUUGUGGGUAUCAUUAUGACAUCAUGGCUUCUCCUGGUGUAUUUAGUGCUCAAGAUUGUUGUCAUGAUUAUGAAGAACUUUUCAUGACGAGCUGUGUGGUUAGUAAGCUUGCUGUUGGGGGACCCCUUGUCAACUGCGACGGAGAAGUCAUUGGUGUCAACUUCUUCAUCUGCCCAUUUGCCACAUUUGUACCAAUUACUAUAGUUUGGAAAUGUUUGGAGAACUUGAAGAGAAAUGGGCAGGUUCCACGACCUUGGCUUGGGGUGCGAGUUGGAAAUCUUUACACAGCUAACUUAGAUACGUUGGAUGAACUGUAUCAGAAGUUUCCCGAUGUGUCGAAAGGAGUCAUAGUUGAAGAGCUCACUGGAAAGAUUAACAUUCAUGCCCAGAGGAAGCGAACAAAGGUGCACCAUUCGAUUUUCUGGUCAACGGGGAAAUGGCUUACGGCGAAAGCUAUGCUUCAAAAAACUAAGCAGAGGAAGAGGUCCAAAACAAUGACGAGAACAGGGAAAACUACAUCAAGGGCGAAGAAGAGGAGGCAGUUGGUGCGAAAGUCUUCUGCCAGUGUUGCUGGUCUAUGCAUUGGUGAUGUUAUAAUCAAAUGUGGUGAAACCGAAAUUGGGAGCCAGCUUGAGCUGGUUGGUGCAUUGUGGGACAAAGAAGGGAAAUCAGUAAAGUUGGAAAUUGUAAGACCAAGCGUAGGGCACAAAAAUGUUACCUUGACUGUCGGUGCCCGGCCUGAGAUGCCCAGGUGGCUUCUUUGAGUGUAGGAAAAUGGGCCUAUCUUUUUAUGAAAAGCAGCUAAUUUUUGUAGGAUACAACUGGGAGACUCAUUUAACAAGUUUGACAAGCCGAAUAAACUAUGCCUUCAGGAUGGGAAAUAUUGUUUUGGAGUGCCCAAGUACUUACCAUCGCAUGCCUAGUUCAUCAACUUUCGAUGGAUUAGUGGCAACUAAUUUUUUUUACAAAAAAGUCUACUUUUUUUUGGGUUCAUUGACGGAGGUGGGUUUUGGUCGGGCCUUGAGGGGAGGGUUUACCGG